AUGCAAACAUUCGAUCGCGUGGGGAAAAAGUCCAAAACGGUUNUGGAGGGUACAAAAUUAUGUUAUGCCACAUUUAAUGACACAGAAGUUGAUAUUACAUCAUAUUCAUGGUAUGGUUCCCAUAAAGAUGUAAAUAUAUAUCCAGAAAUUGUCCAAAUACGAUAUCCAAAGCCAAAUCGAAAAAUUCCAACCAUCAAAUUGCUUGUUGUUGAUCUUACUCCUGGUAAAUUUGUACCUCAGACUAUUCAUCCACCACGAGAAUAUGCUGACAAAGAUUAUUAUGUAACUUCAGUACAGUGGAUUGAUUCUAAUCAGCUAGCAAUUGUUUGGUUGCAGAGACUUCAAAAUUCAUCAAUUAUUAGUAUCUGCUAUGGUGAUAAAGGAUGGAAAUGUGAAAAAAAUUAUCAAGUUAACAGUGACAAGAAUGGUUGGGUUGAAAUGAAUAAUCCUCUUAUUUUUUCUUCAAAUAAACAAAAUUAUUUCAUUUAUCUUCCCAAGUCAGAAGGGUUUUCUGGAAAUUUUAGACAUGUUGCUAUGAUUAAUGUAAAGAACAGUAGUGUGCAAUUUUUGACAAGCGGAAAAUAUGAUGUUGUGCAACUUCUUUCUUAUUAUAAAGCAAACCAAGCUAUGUAA